UAACACAUUCAGUGUGUGUGUGUGUGUGUGGUGGAAAUAGUACUCUGUGUAUAUGUUCUUGCAUUAGGCAAGCAGUGAGAAGCAAGAAGAGAAGUCCUUUGUAAAGAAGUAAACUUGUGGGAAGACUGAAAGUCACGAUCCAGACACAUGGCAACUGCAGGAAAGGUGAUUAAAUGCAAAGCUGCAAUCAUCUGGGAAGUUGGCCAAAUGCCUUCUGUGGAGGAGGUGGAGGUUGCACCACCAAGAAGUCAUGAAAUUCGAGUGAAGAUAGUGGCCACUGGGAUCUGUAGGACAGAUGAUCAUGUACUGGAAGGCAUUUUCCCAAACAUAGACUACCCAGUUAUUGUGGGUCACGAAGGAGCUGGAAUUGUUGAAAGUAUUGGACCAGGAGUCACUUCUGUAAAGCCAGGUGACAAAGUCAUUCCUCUUUGUAUUCCCCAGUGUGGAGAGUGUGGCUGCUGUUUAAGUCCUAAAGCUAACUGCUGCCUCAAGUCCCACCUCUGUGAACCUCUUCAAAAUUUGAUGCCAGAUAAGACCAGCAGGUUCACCUGCAGAGGGAAACAGAUCCACCACUUCCUAUGGACGAGCACAUUCUCCGAAUACACAGUUAUGCCUGAGGUUUCCAUUGUAAGAAUCGACAAUAAUGCUCCACUGGAUAAAGUCUGCCUCUUUGCCUGUGGGUUUUCUACUGGCUAUGGAGCCGCAGUCAAUUGUGCCAAGGUUGAGCCAGGCUCUACCUGUGCCAUCUUUGGCUUGGGAGGUGUUGGUCUGUCUGUUGUCAUGGGCUGCAAAGUUGCUGGAGCAUCCAGGAUUAUUGGGAUUGACACCAACAAAGAUAAAUUUACUAAGGCCAAAGAGUUAGGAGCCACAGAAUGCAUCGCUCCUCAAGAUUUCAAGAAGCCCCUGAAUGAGGUUCUGGUAGAGAUGACAGGUCUUGGCGUGGACUACGCAUUUGAAGUGAUUGGAAGCACAGACAUUGCGGUCACUGCCCUUAAAUCCUGCCAUUUGGGCCAUGGCACCUGUGUGCUUGUUGGGGCACCUCCUGGAGGAUCACAGCUCUCCAUCGACCCUACUCUGCUCCUCACAGGAAAGAAAUUAAUAGGAUGCUUGCUUGGAGGUUGGAAGUUAAAAGAUGCUCUCCCUCAACUGGUUUCUGAUUACAUGAAAAAGAAAUUUAAUACGGAUGCAUUAAUAAGUCACACAUUACCCUUUGAGAAAAUUGCUGAAGGCUUUGAGCUUUUACAUGCAGGAAAAAGUAUUCGCUGUGUUUUGUUGUUUUAAACCUCCAGAAGCAUCUAGCAAGAGGGGCCACAGCUGAAUACAGCUUGCCAUCCUGCAGAUCAUUUGCAUCCCUCCCCAAAUUCAACUGAGCUUUUAUUGAAAUGGUUGAGGGUUUACAACCAAUAAAAGUUGAGAAGCAAAUGUAGGGGAAACAUGUAACCCUUAUAUCCGUUAUUGUAGCCCUGCAAAUGCAGGGUGCGGGUGCUUUUAAGAUGUUGCUGGAGCCCUCUGGUGUCCAGCUAGGAACUUUCCAACCAGUUCACCAUCACCUGUUGCAAUGAGCCAUUGUGAACACACUACACAUUUAAAACGCUAUCACGCCACUUUAACAAUCACGACUCACAGAGCUACAAUUCCAAGACCCCUUAACAAACUAGAGUUCCCAGGAUUUUUGGGGGAGAAACAAUGUGCUUUGUGUAUGCUUUAAAUAUACAGUUUGCUUGUGACCUUGACCCUUUCUGCAUGAUCAGGGUUCCCAUUCACAGCAGCCUAUGCACUUACAAUACCCUUUAGACUUUCACUCAGUGCUGGACUAACAAAUUCUCUGACUAGGGCUACGGAGGAUAAUAACUAAAUGAAACCUCCAGAUUUAGGGGGAGUAUAUCCCUAAGAAUACCACCAUAUCACUCCAAAUAUAACCCACCCCUGAAUACAGCCUAUAUCAGAUCAAUACCAUAAUUGAUGGGGAGCCCCAACAGGAGAGGCCCAUUGCCUUCAUGAGCUGCUUGUGCAUCUCCCAGAAGCAUCUGGUUAGCUAUUGUGUGAAACAGGACAUUGGACUAGAUCAGCCUUUCUCAACCUGUGUGGGUCCCCAGAUGUUGUUGAACUACAACUCCCAUCACCCCUAGCUAGCAAGGCCAGAGCUCAGGGAUGAUGGGAGUUGUAGUCCAACAACAUCUGUGGACCCACAAGUUGAGAACUGCUGAAAUAGAUGGACCCUCGGUCUGAUCCAACAAGGAUCUGAUCCUAGAUUCUUAUGUUCAUCAUACUUGGACCUUUUGUCUCUGUGGGUGGUUCUUACAAUAUGAUCCUUUGACAAGACAUUUCCUUGGCACAACUGACAAUGCUUCUUUCUCAUCUCAGUGGGACUCAUUACAUCUGGGGCAGGCUAGGUAUGCAUGAGUGGUGAUAGCACUAUUAGCUGACUUGGAGAAGAACAACAUUGUUCCUUUCCUGAACAGCUGAUAGGUACUAUCCUUGUUUUUUCCAGCAAGGUCUACAGGAACUCUGUAGGCAGCACCCAAUCGCAUGCUCAUUUCCUCAGACAUCUUAGGAUAUAUGGGUGCCCCAGAGCAGUCUUUUAAAACAUUCCCCAGGAGCUCAACAGAAAGCAAACAAGCAGCAAUAGUUUAGCUGUAGAGAGUCCGUCGCUUGCAAGCCAAAAGAGCAAGGCCUCUCCAUUGGCACUGACUGCAACUUUCUGUGCAGUGGCUCCCACUCUUGAGGAGAAAGGCCAGUUUGUAAAUCGAGUAGAGGCUCAAAAGAAACUUCAGAUGAAACUUGCUUGCAUGUAAAUUCCUUCUUUGCAUCACAUACAUGAUCUGCUAAUCGUGUAAUGUGCUUUUUCUUUUAGAACUAAUAGCAACAGCAGUAACAGCACUUGCUAGUGAAGAGCGGGGUGGGGCAUGCAGUGCCUUCCAGAUGUUGUUAGGUGCCUAUUCCUAGCAUGGCCAAGGGUCAAGGAUGAUGGGAGUCACAGUCCAACAACAUCUGGAGAAGAUGUGGCUGAAGCUGUCAGUUUGGAAAAAGGGAAAAACUCAAAAGAGAAACUCACUCUUAAAUUGGAUUCCACACAUCUCUGCAGCAAUUUGUCAUUUUAUAAAAAGUACUGGUGAAAAUUCAUUAGCAUUUUAUUGUGUGUUCCUCCUAAUAUACUCAUUUUUGUAUAUAGUUUUUUACUAAUACAUGCAUUUCUUCAAGCAUAUUCUCCUAAUAUAUGCAUUUUAGUGCACAUUGCUUGGUUGGAGAACUACAUCACAAAAUUCAGAGACGUGAGAAUUUCAAAGGAUAAUUGUCUUUUGAUUUGUGUGUUCAUUCAAAAAGUAUGAAGGAAUCAAAAUGUAUGAAGGAAUGCAAACCAAUUCAGAUUUCUUCCCCAUCCCUAAUCUGGAGGGUAUAGCUACUUCCACUAUGGAAACUAUUUCCUUUUUGUUACUGACUUUACUAACUGGCUUUAAUAGCCAAAAAAGGACAUAUAUAGCUGAAUAAACAGAGCUUUACAACCA